AGAGACCAAGCGGUGAAUCCCCAGUCGCAGGCGAGCAAGAGCACAGCACGUAGCAACCGAAGUUAAGCUGGGGAUCCAUGGAGAUGGCAGGCGCCGCAGGAACGGGAUCAUGGCUGCCGUGCGCCACCACGGUGGCGUCCUGCGCCGUCGGCGUCUUCUUCCUGCUCUACUUCUACGCGCCACACUGGUGUGUCAGGGGCGUGCCGGGGCCGCCGGCCUUGCCCGUCCUUGGGCACCUGCCGCUGCUCGCCCGCCACGGCCCUGACGUCUUGUGCCUCCUCGCCAAGAAAUACGGCCCGAUCUUCAGGUUCCAUUUGGGGAGGCAGCCCCUGGUGAUCGUCGCUGACCCAAAGCUCUGCAGAGAGGUCGGCGUCAGGCAGUUCAAGAGCAUUCCCAACAGGAGCUUGCCGGCGCCGAUCGCCGGCUCCCCUCUCCACCAGAAGGGGCUCUUCUUCACUAGAGAUGAACGGUGGUCGGAGAUGAGGAACACGAUCAUCUCGCUGUACCAGCCGUCGCACCUCGCCGGCCUCAUCUCCACCAUGCAGCGCUGCAUCGAGCGCGCCGCGGACGCCAUAUCGGCGGCGGCUCAGGACCACGGCGACGUCGACUUCUCCGACCUCUCCCUCAAGCUGGCCACCGACGUCAUCGGGCAGGCGGCGUUCGGCGUCGACUUCGGCCUCACGGCGAGCGGUCGCCCCGGCGAGGCCGCGGAGUUCGUCAGGGAGCACGUACACUCCACCACCUCCCUCAAGAUGGACCUGUCCGCGCCGCUCUCCGUCGCGCUCGGCCUCGUCGCGCCGGCGCUGCAGGGGCCGGCGCGGCGCCUGCUGCGCCGCGUCCCGGGGACGGCCGACUGGAGGGUCGCGCGGACCAACGAGCGGCUGCGCGCGCGCGUCGACGAGAUCGUGGCGGCGCGGGCGCGCGACCGUGAACGUGGCCGCGACGGCGAGGGAACGAGGAGGGACUUUCUGUCCGCGGUGCUCGACGCCCGGGACCGCAGCACGGCGCUGCGGGAGCUGCUGACGCCGGACCACGUGAGCGCGCUCACCUACGAGCACCUCCUCGCCGGGUCGGCCACCACGGCGUUCACGCUCUCCUCCGCCAUGUACCUCGUCGCCGGCCACCCGGAGGUCGAGGCCAAGCUGCUCGCGGAGGUCGAUGCGUUCGGGCCGAGUGGCUCCGUUCCGACCGCCAAGGACCUGCAGCACAGGUUCCCCUACCUUGAUCAGGUCGUGAAGGAGGCGAUGAGGUACUACACGGUGUCACCACUAAUCGCAAGGGUGACGUCUCAACAGGUAGAGCUUGGAGGCUACACGCUCCCAAAGGGCACGUGGCUGUGGAUGGCGCCGGGCGUCCUGUCACGCGACGCCGCCAGCUUCCCGGACCCCGGCGCGUUCCGGCCGGAGCGGUUCGACCUGGCGAGCGAUGAGCAGCGGAGGCGGCACCCGUGCGCGCACAUCCCCUUCGGCGUCGGCCCGCGGGCGUGCGUCGGGCAGCGGUUCGCGCUGCAGGAGGUGAAGCUGUCCAUGGUGCACCUGUACCAGCGCUUCGUCUUCCGGCGGUCGCCGCGGAUGGAGUUGCCGCCCGAGCUCCAGUUCGGGAUUGUCCGCAGCUUUAGGCACGGCGUCAAGCUCGUCGCCAUCCAACGGCGCGCCGGCACCGCCUAGGCUCGUGCGCUGAUGAUGGGUGAUGGCAAGCCCCACCGCUGAUGAGAGUUGCGUGCCGGGUGCUUCCGUGCUUGGGAGUUAGGCAGGCUAGCUAGGGACAAGAAGCAUGACCGCGAUGGCCUUGCUUCUCUGCUCGUGAGAUGAACUCACCUCCAUGGAUUUCCAAUGCAAGCUCACAAGCAGCAUCUCACCAAGACGAACCUCAUCUUCAUUGCAUGGAUGGUAAUUUCUGCGAACGGCGAACCAGUUAAUUAACCAAACACCUCGUGCGCACGAGUGGAGCAAAGGAGACGCAAACAGACAGCAUUUCACCGUACACCCCGCGUGCAGAGGGAUUGGACUGGACAGGGCAAAACGAAUACUCACAAGCAAUUCAUCAAAGAGCUCGCAAUGCGCGAAACAAGGCAACAGUUUGGCUCCAAAACACAUGCUCAUCAACAUCCAUUCAGCAUCGCGAAGACCACGCGCUUCAUCUUCCAGGCACUAUCAACAGAGACGGCAAGCCCUACGGUUCUACGGAAUCUAGAUAGAUUGAGUUGAUAGGUAGUACUACUACUAGAUAGUAGUACUGAUCUAACAACGAGGACAGAAACACGAGUGUGAGUGUGACUGGUGAAGACCUCUCGAUCAGGUGGCGGAGCGGUACAAGGCGUAGAACAUCAUGGCGUACGCGCCGCCCAGGAGGCCGGAGGCGAAGCCCAUCUUGAAGCCCUCCUUCAGGUCGCCGGCGGCGUCCUCCGCCUCCCUCGCGCGCAGGAGGGCGAGCGCCUCCUCCUUGGCCGCGCGCAUCUGGGCGCGCAUCUCCCGCUGGACCAGCGACGUGACCCACUCCCUCUCGGCCUCGGUGCCGAUGCCGCGGCGGCUGGCGGCGCACGCCGCGCGGCGGGAGGCAAGCGCAGCGCGGACUGCAUCUCUCUCUCUCUCGCUCGCGCGCGCGCGCGCUGGUCGAAUGC